GUGGUGGCUCAUUACAUUAUCUGGCAACCGGAGUGGCAGCGGACAGAAGAGAGGGGAUCCCCGGGAUUUUUUACGCAGAAGCCAGCUAAAUCCAUCAAAGAAGUGAAAAUUGCAGGGGAACUCGACCAAGCUCCCCCUGUUCUCCGUUGAGAGCAGCCAUGUCGGAAGAGGCCGUGCGUCAAACGCGCAGCCAGAAGCGAGCUCUGGAGAGGGACCAUGCAGUGCUUGCUGGUUCCUUAGGGGACAUGGACUGUAAACGGGUAAAGCUGGAGAGAGGUGAUGCAGCUGGGACCCCGCUGGCCCUCGUGGGAUCUGGGGCUGAGGGAAUCAAGCUGAAGAGUGAGCAGGCUGCUAAGGUAGCAGCCAACAUCCUAAAGACUGGGGAAGUAAAAGCUACCAUCAAGGUGGAGUUGCAAGCUGGAGAUGAACCUGUUGACAUGAGCACAUCCAAAAGUGACAUUAAAAAAGAGCCACAGCCUCCUUCACCAGAUGACGUGAUUGUGCUAUCCGACAACGAGCCCUCUAGCCCCCUCAUGAACGGCCACUGCUUCACCAAGACGGACACAGAUAAACUCAUGAAAAGUUUACCCGAGGAAAGGGAGCGCAUCAUAAAACAGCUGAAGGAAGAACUAAGACUCCAAGAGGCAAAACUUGUCCUCCUCAAAAAACUACGACAGAGCCAGAUUCAGAAAGAGAGCUCAGCUCAGAAGCCAUCUGGCUCUGUGGCUACUCCACCCCCUCUAGUGAGAGGUAACAUGACAUCAAGUAAAGGACCCCUUCAGGUGACGGGUCGUAGCUCAGGCACAGUGAUCCCCCCACCCUUGGUGCGGGGUGGGCAGCACGUCUCGUCAAAACACAACUCUCAGAUUGUUAUGCCACCUCUGGUCAGAGGAGCCCAGCCUAUUGCCGUGACUCCCCAGCAGAUUGCAAGUCUACGUCAGCAUCAGCAGCACAGCGGGUCAGGUCCUCCUCCACUGUUGCUGGCUCCCAGGGCUUCUGUGCCCAAUGUCCAGGUCCAAGGCCAGAGGAUCAUACAGCAGGGGCUCAUUCGUGUGGCUAAUGUGAACAAUAGCAAUGUCAUGGUCAACAUCCCUCAGACUUCUUCAACGAGCCUUAAAGGCUCUUCAGUCUCACCAAACUCCAGUGUCAACGAUUCUCCAGCCAGCAGACAGGCAGCUGCCAAACUAGCGCUGCGUAAACAGCUGGAGAAGACACUGUUAGAGAUUCCUCCACCUAAACCGCCUGGACCUGAGUUCAACUUCCUGCCUUCUGCGGCUAAUAAUGAGUUCAUCUACUUGUUGGGGUUGGAAGAGGUGGUGCAAAAACUUCUGGAGAUGCAUGGCAGAGGAAAUAUUGGUCCGGCUGCCUCAAUGGCCAGCUCAAUUCCGAAAGAGCCAUUCACCUGCGCCCAGUGCAAGACGGACUUUACCUCCCGCUGGAGAAAGGAGAAAGCUGGCUCCCUCCUUUGUGACCAGUGCAUGUCAUCCAAUCAGAAAAAGGUCCUGAAGGCUGAGCACACCAGUCGUCUUAAGGCAGCCUUCGUUAAGGCACUCCAACAAGAGCAGGAGAUUGAGCAGCGCAUCCUCCAGCAGGCAGCCUCUUCCUCUGGCUCUAAAACCACCUCAUCCUCCUCUCCCUCGAUGUCUAAAAGUGACGUGUUGGUGUCACAGCAGUACAAGCAGGUCAGAGCUGACUUGCAGCACAGAUCUGUGCACCACUCCACUAUUAAACAGAGCCAGUUGUCCCACAGCAUCCAGUCUGCAGUGAGCGCUCGUGGUAUAGCCCACACCUUCACCUCCUCUCAGCUGCAGAAUGCAGCAACAGCAGCUGCAUUAGGCAGUAGAUCAGGGAAGCAUGCUGCAGCUCUUUCUCUGCAACACGGGGCAAAGGUCAGUGCAGGCAGCAGCGGUAACCAGGGCAACCUGGCAGCCUGGAGGAAGCAGAGUGGUGGAAAUGCAGGAGUGACUAUGGCCUAUGUGAACCCCAGCUUGUCUGGUCACAAGACCACUUCGGCUGUUGAGCGUCAGCGAGAAUAUCUGCUGGACAUGAUUCCCUCCCGUUCUAUUUCCCAAGCUGCAAACACAUGGAAAUAAUGCAAUCUUACUCCCUAUUGACGUCACAACUCUUAGCUUUCUUAAUAUCAGUAACAACCAUUCUCAUUAUCAUUCAGAUCUUUUCUAUGAACUUUGCCUCUGUCAACAAUGGUCACUGGGCAGAAUAAGAUUUGUGUUUUUCUUACACCUACUUAUGAUGUUUUUUUCCCCACAGACGUCCUCAUUUGAAUCUUUUCUAAACUGAAGCUGUACUACAGCUCCAGAGAUACAAUGUUGAAUAAAUUAUGGCUACCUUUUCAGAAGGUUGGUAUUGGUGUGUGUUAUUUCCACACAUCUGCAGCAAUGUUGCCGCUCCCUUUUUGUUUAUUGCUUGAACCUUUCAAUUGCACCAAGAGGAAGUUGCCACACAAAUGCCCAAGCUUUCCUUCUUCUGGAACAGGCAGGGAUAAAAACUGAUCUCUAUAGUAUAUUUGUCUCACCUCCUGCCCUCUCCAGUCUGAGCCACUCAGACCCCGGCCUGUGUCGGCCUAACUGAACUUAAUGGAGGACCUCAGCACAAGGACUGUAGAGCUUCAAGGGACGUCCAUAAAAUAUUAACUGCUUCAGCUUUGCAAAAAUUAAUGACAUUUUAAAAAGGACUGUAAAAAAAAAAAAAAGAUCUCUAUCUGCACACAGGCCGCCUCUUCUCAGCAACCUUCAGUGUGCAUAUUAGAGCAGAUGAUGUGUGUUGGAUUACUUUGUAUGGCUGAAUGGUAGAAUUUUGUUUUCUCUUUGUAAGUCACAUACUGUGUUUGGACUAUUGCUCUCGCUGACACUUAGGAAGUGACCUCUUGUCGAGGUCUGAAUUUAAAGGCUAAUGUUACUGUUAGGUGGUUUUACAUCUGCUGGGUUCCAUGUUGUGGCCUACUUUUAAAUACUUUUGCCUAAGAUGAAGAGGACAAAUAAAUAUUAAGGUUUCACAGACUUAUGUAAAAUCAUGGAGCUUAUGUUUGGAGGACUAUUCUUAUUGAAUAUUGUAAAAAUUAAAUCUCCCAAAGAACUAGGUGGAGCCCAAAUGGAAUCCCUUCUGUUAGAAGGUUUCUAGUUGUUGUUUUUGUUUGUUUGUUUGUUUUCAACCCUCUCUGGAUAUGAAUAUGAAUUUAUUCUAAACUGAGUGGGUGUAAGGAUUGUCAAAUAAUUUACUUUUUUUUUGCUUUUAGUCAUAGGUUGUGGUGCAUUUUUCUUCUAUAGAUAAGCUGAAUUUAUUAAUAGGGUUAGUAAAGACAUACGCCCUAUGUUUGAAUGGAUAAAAGUUAAAAUUUGUUGUUUUUAUAUGUCAGUUGGCUCCCACACACCCUUCAACUGUUCUUAGUGAAGCUGGGCAGCUUUCAGAAUGUAGUUAUGCAAAAUAAGGAGGAAAAAAAGCCCUAAAGCAACAAAUUACAUGAACUUUUUAAGUAUUUUAAGGUGUAUGUCUUUCAGCUCAAUCAGGUGACUUGUCUGUCCUUCACAUAAGCUGUAGUGCAUUUUAAUCAGAAUAUUAUACAAACUACAGUCUCCUGCACAAAACAGAUUUAGUUCUUGUUGGAUUUACGCAAGCAAUUAUUUAUCAGUUUUAUUUUAUUCCAGUCACCGAGGUGAUCCAGUUGCAUAUGUUGUACCUUUCAGCAAUGGCUUUACAUUGAUGUGCCCUUCUUGAAAUGUCACCAUGUCAGACACCAAAAAUAUUGUUGUUUAUUUUAUUCUUUGUGCUGUUUCACAAGUUCUAGGUUUAAAACCCAAUCCUACCAUACUAAUUAGUUGUCUCCCCUCCAUAAAUUCUGUGUCUAUUAUUAUUAUCUGAUUGUAAACUUUACGUCUUGCUGCUCAGUCUCCUCACUCCAGAUUUCAGCAUCCUUAAUGUGAUCUCACAGAUUUGAGGGGUUUUUUUGGGUCAUUAAUCAAAGAUAGUGCACUGCAUUGUGACAUGGCAUUAGUUGAAGUUUAUCUCAUGCUGGGGUUACUCGACACUCGGGGGUUUCAUACAAAUUUGUGCAGUACGCAAGUUGCUGAUAGAAACACAAGCAUCCAAAGUUGAAGUUCGAUCGCUUGCCAAUUCAAGAUUGUCUGAACAUUCCUGACGAGCAAAAAGUAGCAGCCCACACGUCUUACGGAGGUGAAAAAACGAGCAAUCUGGAAUGAGCCCAUCAUUUUGUGCCCUGCUAAGUGUAACCCUGUGCUGUCCUGACUACUUCCUGCUGCUGCUGUUUGACAACAGUGUCACCAUUCCGUUUCUUGGGGUUGAUGUGCUGCCUAAUGCAGUGCAGUGCAAAAUUUAAAAAAAGAGUGUAACAAUGUAAAAAAAAGUUUUUUUGGGGAAUAUUUU